AUGGUGUUGUCUGCUUACUUGUUGGCACUUACCUUCAUCUGGACAGGAAUGGCUGCGAAAUCUGUUGCUUCGUCAUGUGACCCGCACAUGUUCGACAGCGGCGUCGACCACUGCCUAACGGACUUCAACAAGAGCAUGGAGUCCAGUGGCUAUCGGGACCGUUGCCCAUGGCCGACUGAAAAACUCGUCUACAACGAACUGAAGACGUGCGUGGACGACUGGGCAAACGUGUCUUGCUGUCGGGGUCACAGCUUUUUGAAAGACACGGUCUUCUUGGAGGUUCACAAGAUGUACUUCAGACAAUGUGGACAGGUCCAAGAUCCUUCGCCCACCGCUCUCAUCUUGUUGAUAGCACCCGUUAUCGUUGUCACACUCUUCCUACCGAUCGUCUGCGCUAACCUCGCUACCCGGAACACGUACAGGGCCAACUCUUCGGGGCUCUGA